AAUACAUGCAUGAUACCAGAACAAGUGGGGUCCUUCAACUCAGUUGCACGGAGAUCCUCCAAUGAUUCCAAUGUCAUGAUGCUGGGCGACACAAGCGAAUCAUCCUCACUUCGCGCCCUUGGUGUCAAGGUUUGUGAUGCAACUGACGUCGAAGGCAAGGUGGUCGACAGCUGCGAUGCAAAGCUCGAAUUGGCAACACGAUCCUCAGAGCUUGCAAAACUGGAUCGUCAGAUCGAUGCCUUGCGAAAGCAGCCAUCAGAAGCCUUGGCCAAAGCAAUGAAAAACAAAGAAAUCUUGGAGAAGGAAAUGCAGGAGUUGCGUCAAGUUGCCACCGCUGACUGGGGCAGCCAGCUAGAAGCAUCAAGUGGCAUUGCAUUUGAUCUAGAUACUGCAGAGACAGACCCCGUUGAUGAGGCUGUGUCACAUGCUUUGGCGGCAGUGGCCUGGGUACAGACUGGCAAGACCGAACCAGCUUCCACCUUGCGCAGGGAUAAAGCUGCAUCCAAGGGUUGGCUCUCGAAUGAGGGAUUGCUCAAGGAGUCCACAGGAUACAUUUCCGUGAAACAACCCAUGCAAGCAAAGGUUGAGGCACAUGCCAAAGUGGAAAGCCCUUUGGUUGAGGAAACCUCGAGUGCCUCAACCUGUGGCAUUGACAUUACUCGUCUCAGGCCACGAACAGCUAGACUACAGCAUCAGUGGAAGGACAACAAUGCCGCAGAAUGGAAAGCGAUGUUGCGGCAAGGCGAGUUGGUUUCUCCAAAGGAAAACCUACUCGCCCUUAGGCGUCCCCCCGUGAAGCGAAAACAGGAAACCACAGCAGAACCUGAAAAGAGGGCACGCCGCAGUGACGACAGCAAUGACAAGAUUUACAUGCAGCGACAAGCAAGGUGGAAAGCACAAGUGCCAUCCACAAAGCUUGAGCCAAAGGGCGAACAUGCAGUUUGCAAGGAGGAGCUGGGCAAAGAUCAUUCGGUUGUGAUUUCCAAAGGCUUUGGCCAAGGCUCUAGUGAAGACAUAGAUGUUGGCAAUGGCCUUUCAUGUCCAAGGUGGUUAUGGGAGGCUUUGUACCCAUAUCAGCACACAUGUGUCCACUGGCUUUGGGGCCUGCAUGGCCAGAAGAUGGGUGGCAUUCUUGCAGACGAGAUGGGUUUAGGAAAGACGAUACAGAUCAUAGCAUACCUAGCUGUGUUGCAUCAUUCAGGUGUGCUUCAGGAUUUGAAGGUGCAGAACACUUCCCUUGGUUCAGCGAGUCCUCCAAGAAGUGGAGGAGUGCUUAUAGUUUGUCCAGCUACUCUGAUCAAUCAAUGGCGCAAUGAAAUACACAUGUGGUACCCACCCUUGCGUGUAUGCGUCAUGCAUCAGCUCAAUGAGGCAGAAAGAAAAGAAGCCAUUAAGCAGGCAUGCUCAAACCAAGGCAUCCUCAUAACAUCCUAUGAAACGAUGAGGCUCUCCAUUGAUGCGCUGCUUGAAGCAACAUGGGUGAUUGUCAUUCUGGAUGAGGGCCAGAAGAUCCGCAAUCCACAUGCAAGCUUGACAAUUGCAUGCAAACGGUUCAGCACAACACACCGAAUUCUUCUUUCUGGCUCGCCAAUUCAAAACAACCUUCGAGAGCUGUGGUCGCUGUUCGACUUUGUUUGCCCUGGACGUCUUGGAACACUUCCCGUCUUUACUGAGGAGUUUGCCCAACCUAUAGAGAAUGGCAACGUCAUGGGAGCAACUGAACCCAAAGUUGCUGCUGCCUACCAAUGUGCAGUGGCCUUGCGGGAGCUUACAGAGCCGUGCAUUCUGAGGCGCACUAAAGCAGAGUGCAUGGACAUUUUGCACCUACCAGCCAAGCAGGAACAAGUCCUGUUCUGUCAUUUGACCCAUGAGCAAUACCAGCUUUACGUGCAGUUCCUGGAAACUGAGCAGGUCAGGAGAGCCAAAUCAAUAUCUUCAGACCGCAAAGUGCUGGGAGCGGUGUUUUUUGCCUUGAGCGUGUUGAGGAAAUUGUGCAAUCACCCAGACUUGCUUGUGAAAUCCAGUGCCAGUGAUGAUAGCAGCGAAGCCCAAGCAGACCUGUGGGACUUUAAGAAGUCCGGCAAAAUGAAAGUUUUGUCUGAAAUUCUGAAGGUGUGGCACAAAGACAGGCAUAGAAUCCUCAUCUUUGUUCAGACUGUGCAAAUGUUGGAAAUCAUCGAACUAUGGAUGAGCCGCAUUGGCUACACACACUUUCGAAUUGAUGGAAAGACACCAGUUAAGCGCAGGCUGAAAUUGAUUGAGGAGUUUAAUGAGAACAAAAAUGUGUUUGCAAUGCUUCUCACAACUCGGGUUGGCGGUGUUGGCUUGAACAUCAUAGGCGCCGACAGAGUUGUUAUUUUUGAUCCAGACUGGAACCCAAUGACCGAUGUGCAAGCACGCGAAAGAGCAUGGCGGAUUGGGCAAACAAGAGAGGUUUCUGUCUACAGACUGGUUCUGACGGGCACAGUGGAGGAAAAGAUAUACCACCGUCAGGUGUAUAAGCACUUCCUAGCACAAAAAGUCCUUCAGGACCCAAGACAGAGACGCUUUUUCAAGUGGAAUGACAUUUCGGACCUUUUCGAGGUGCCUCCCCCUCCGCCCAAUUUCACUAAGCAAAACAUGUCAGCAUUAAAAAAGAAGUACGACAAGCUCUUCAGCAAGCUGGAUGUUGGCGAGCCAGACGAGUUUGAAGUUGAGACAACUGAAAUCAUGAAGGCAGUGUCAGAUCUUCCGAUGAAAGAGCAGCACAGAACAGGAAAGGGAACCACAGAUGAAAGCAAUGCCAUCUUGCAAACUUUGUAUGAUGCAAAAGGCAUAAAGGCAAGCUUUAACCAUGACAAAGUUGAGCAGACGUUACUUGAUCGAAAACUUGUUGGUAAGAGUGCGGGGCUUGUUGCACAGAGGGCCCUUGAUGCGCUCAAAAAAUCAGCACGUGAACGGGCAGCUCACCACAUAAGUGAACCAACCUGGACUGGGCAGCAAGGCCGAGCAGGUGCCUCAGGUGCAGCCUUGAAGCAGCUGAAGCAGGAAGGAGAAAGGUUCAAGGUCAGCAAGAAGGAGAAAGGUGAGAAUGGAGAGGUCUCAUCGGCAGAAAUCCUGGCAGGCCUCAAAAAGCUCUCAGCAAUCAGAAGCUCAGGCAGCUCAGGCCUUUCCGAUCUCAAAUUGGAGGCUCCAGAACCUGAGCUUUUCGACUCCGACCGCCGCAUUGCUGAGGACAUUUUGCGGGUCUUUCUUGACAAGAAGCUUGCCCCAAACCACCGUCUCACUACUGGUCAAGUCCUGGAGAAGCUGGCAGUGCACGUGGCAACUCAUCACAACGAGCUUUUCAAGACCCUCUUGAAGCAGAUGUGCACGUUGACCAAGUCCACGUCACAAAAUGCUCCAGGACAUUGGACUCUUCGUGAGGAAUUCUGGAAGCACUGAAAGCGAGCCUGUUCAAACCAAUCUUUGUCUUGGUGCAGAUGUCCAUUGAUCCGCCUUUGCAUUGCCUUGUGUAUGCUACGAUUUUCAGUCAAAUUGCUGUGAGAAAAGGAGUGUUCAUGGAGGGAGGGU